GCGAUUGAUAUGGAUAGAUUUUUAUUCUGAAAACAUGUAUCGUCUCUUGUGCGUAUAUACUAGUGAUGACAAAGCGCAAUAUAUUUUUCUAUAUCUCCAAAGUCUAGAGUCACACACUGAGAGCACGAAACGAUUUUUCUUCUGCGCCUUUGUAAUAGUGCUCACCAGCUCUUAUUGGUUGAAGUGAUUGCUGCCAAUGGUUGGAGAUUAACAUAAAAGAGGCAAGUGGCGAAGGGAUCCACUUGGGGGCAAGCUGGUGAUGCGUCAUAGCACUUGCUGAAAAGAGGAGACAAAAAAGGGACUAAAAUAGCGCCGAACCUGCGGGUUAAUAUGCACCAAUGGCCACGGAGUCACUCGUGGUCUCGGAGCAGAGCGCAAAAGUGCCACAGGUGAUAGGAGGUAUGACAACAGAGAUGAGCGAGAUUGAGUGUUCUCUGUUGUGCAAAUAACUAUCAAAAUCUCUCCAAACAAAAACUUUGAAAUGUAAGAAUAGAAGCUGAAACCUCUGCAAGGUGCAGAAAAUCUACGAUUUCACCACGUCACUUCUCGGGAGAUCAUGAAACAUCAUCGGACGUGGCUGAGCCGAGGACAAGAGGAGAAAGCUGAAGAAAACCAUCUUCACCGAUGAGGCAGCCAAGUUCAUCUGCGCCUCUCCCUUUACGCACAGGCGAGGUGAGGACGGAGAGCGUUACUUCAGUGUAAAGAAAGCACCAAUGAGUCAUCCGAGGUGUUAAAAAGAUCGGCAUCAGACGGAAGAAGCACAACUACAGUUCUGAAUCGAAAAUCCUUUUUUUUUUUAAAGAAAAGCACACCAUGGAUGGAGAAGGAGGCUCUUCGGGGCUGGCCAAAUCAGCCGCUGUAAAACUGUCCGAGAUGGGCGAAAGAACCAAGCAGUUAGGCACCGCGAUGCGGGAUCCUCACCAGCAAAGACGGAUCAUACUGGUGAUUGUUUGCGUGGCUCUCCUGUUGGACAAUAUGCUCUACAUGGUAAUCGUGCCAAUUAUUCCAGACUAUCUUGCUGAUCUGGAGAUUGAGCAGUCAGAACACGUCCACGUUGUGAUGCACUCCAACACUUCAGCAAACAGCACAAGCCAAGACAAAAGCAACAAGGACAAUUUAGAUAUCCAGAUAGGAAUACUUUUUGCAUCAAAAGCCAUCCUCCAGCUCUUAGUUAACCCCCUGUCGGGAACUUUCAUAGACCGGGUUGGAUAUGACAUUCCACUUUUAAUUGGACUGACUGUCAUGUUUGUCUCUACCUGCAUCUUCGCUUUCGGGGAGAAUUACGCGACUCUCUUUAUGGCCAGAAGUUUGCAGGGUCUCGGUUCUGCUUUCGCAGACACCUCUGGAAUCGCGAUGAUAGCUGACAAAUACACGGAGGAGGCAGAGAGAAGCAGGGCGCUCGGCAUUGCUCUGGCGUUCAUCUCUUUCGGGAGUCUGGUGGCGCCUCCCUUCGGGGGCGUCCUGUACGAGUUUGUCGGCAAACGAGUGCCGUUCAUCGUGCUCGCCUGCAUUUGCCUGGCGGAUGGCUUAAUGCUGCUGACCGUGAUCAAGCCAUUCUCUAACAGGACUAGAGAGAACAUGCCAGUCGGCACCCCCAUAUACAGACUCAUGAUUGAUCCCUACAUAGCUGUGGUGGCCGGGGCACUGACAGUGUGUAACAUCCCCCUUGCCUUUCUAGAGCCAACUAUAGCCAACUGGAUGGAAACCACCAUGCACUCAUCUCAGUGGGAAAUGGGGCUCACCUGGCUCCCAGCCUUCUUCCCUCAUGUUCUCGGUGUUUACAUAACGGUUAAAUUGGCAGCACAACAUCCAAAUUUGCAGUGGUUUUACGGAGCUGUAGGGAUGGUUAUCAUAGGGGCGAGCUCCUGCACAGUUCCGGCAUGCAAAACUUUUGGGCAGCUUAUCGCCCCGCUGUGCGGCAUCUGUUUUGGCAUAGCGCUGGUAGACACUGCCCUGCUACCCACACUUGCAUUUUUAGUUGAUGUGCGUCAUGUUUCUGUGUAUGGUAGUGUUUAUGCUAUUGCAGAUAUUUCCUACUCUGUCGCUUAUGCUAUGGGUCCCAUAGUAGCCGGGCAGAUAGUGCACAGUCUCGGUUUUGUACAACUUAAUCUUGGUAUGGGUCUUGUCAAUGUGCUUUACGCACCAGCCCUGCUGCUGCUGCGCAACGUGUGCCAAAUGAAACCGUCCCACUCAGAGAGAGAUAACCUGCUAGACGAAGCUCCGCAGGGGCUGUACGACACAAUCAAGAUGGAGGAGAGGAGAGCGAAGAAGAAGGGCUACAGUUCGGCAGGGAAUUGCCUGUCGGUAGAUGAGAAUGGGUUUGACCCCUUCAGAGCACAGCGGUCCUUGUCAGAAGAGUCCUCCGGCCCGGAGUGCACUUAGACCGGUUACAAUCCGACCUACAAAUCAAAACAUUUGUGAGAUUUGUGAGGCAGACAAAUUACAAUCUAGUGAUUUAAACUUUUAUGUAAGUACCGAUGUGCAAUAUAAACACCUAGUCACCAACGUCACAACUGUGUGACUCGUUUUUCAAAGUUUUUUUUUCUUCUUUUUUCUUACUGUGGUUUCAUUGUGUCAACAAACAAGUCUAUGUAGCGUUUGUCAAGGAUGUAUAACUCGAGUUUUGUGAGAGAUCUUUCAGCUACCGUUGAAUUUGUGUGUACUAUUCAGUAUUAUAUAUACAAACUAUAUAAAUAGAUAUAAUGUGCGUAUAAAAUUGUAUGGGACCAACUGUAAGCAGCACAUUUCUCCCCUUCACAAAAUAGCCUAUAUUUUUAGUCUCGGAGGAAACUUUUUUCACUUGCACAUCAAAGGCCUCUUUCUUUUUUGUUGUUAAAAAUUGUGGAUUUUAAUAAGUAGGCCUGUUCGUUUUAUUUUUAUUUUUUUUUGUUUGAAAUUAAAUGUAUCAUAAUAAAUGGAUUUUGUACAUAUGUGGAUACACGCACAAUGUAAAUUAUUCAAAUAAAAUAUAUACAUAUAUAUAUAUCCGUGGAUCUCUACAAAGUAUGUAUGCCGUUGCGCGCGGGUGUGUGUGUAUGAAACAUUUUGUCAAGACGUAGCUAAUGAUGUCAGUCUCCUUAAGAUGAACUAAUGUGUAUUCAUUGAAUAAUUGUGGUUUUAAUAAAUCUCUGUUUGG